AUAACCAUCAACAUGCAAAUUUUCGUGAAGACUUUGACUGGUAAAACUAUUACUUUAGAGGUAGAACCAUCUGACACAAUUGAAAAUGUAAAAGCCAAAAUACAAGACAAGGAAGGGAUUCCUCCAGACCAACAAAGACUGAUCUUCGCAGGAAAGCAGCUUGAAGAUGGGCGCACUCUAUCUGACUACAACAUUCAGAAGGAAUCCACACUUCACUUAGUCCUGCGUUUGAGAGGUGGUAUGCAGAUUUUCGUAAAGACCUUGACUGGCAAAACUAUCACCCUAGAAGUGGAGGCUUCCGACACAAUUGAAAAUGUUAAGGCCAAAAUCCAAGACAAAGAAGGCAUUCCUCCAGACCAACAGAGACUGAUCUUUGCAGGAAAGCAGCUUGAAGAUGGGCGCACUCUAUCUGACUACAACAUUCAGAAGGAAUCCACACUUCACUUAGUCCUGCGUUUGAGAGGUGGUAUGCAGAUUUUCGUAAAGACCUUGACUGGGAAAACUAUCACCCUAGAAGUGGAGGCUUCCGACACAAUUGAAAAUGUUAAGGCCAAAAUCCAAGACAAAGAAGGCAUUCCUCCAGACCAACAGAGACUGAUCUUCGCAGGAAAGCAGCUUGAAGAUGGGCGCACUCUAUCUGACUACAACAUUCAGAAGGAAUCCACUCUUCACUUAGUUUUGCGAUUGAGAGGUGGUAUGCAGAUUUUCGUCAAGACCUUGACUGGCAAAACUAUCACCCUAGAAGUGGAGGCUUCUGACACAAUUGAAAAUGUUAAGGCCAAAAUACAAGACAAAGAAGGCAUUCCUCCAGACCAACAGAGACUGAUCUUCGCAGGAAAGCAGCUUGAAGAUGGGCGCACUCUAUCUGACUACAACAUUCAGAAGGAAUCCACACUUCACUUAGUCCUGCGUUUGAGAGGUGGUAUGCAGAUUUUCGUAAAGACCUUGACUGGCAAAACUAUCACCCUAGAAGUGGAGGCUUCCGACACAAUUGAAAAUGUUAAGGCCAAAAUCCAAGACAAAGAAGGCAUUCCUCCAGACCAACAGAGACUGAUCUUCGCAGGAAAGCAGCUUGAAGAUGGGCGCACUCUAUCUGACUACAACAUUCAGAAGGAAUCCACUCUUCACUUAGUCCUGCGUUUGAGAGGUGGCAUGCAGAUUUUUGUCAAGACCUUGACUGGCAAAACUAUAACCCUAGAAGUGGAGGCUUCAGACACUAUUGAAAAUGUUAAGGCCAAAAUCCAAGACAAAGAAGGCAUUCCUCCAGACCAACAGAGACUGAUCUUCGCAGGAAAGCAGCUUGAAGAUGGGCGCACUCUAUCUGACUACAACAUUCAGAAGGAAUCCACUCUUCACUUAGUUUUGCGAUUGAGAGGUGGUAUGCAGAUUUUCGUCAAGACCUUGACUGGCAAAACUAUCACCCUAGAAGUGGAGGCUUCUGACACAAUUGAAAAUGUUAAGGCCAAAAUACAAGACAAAGAAGGCAUUCCUCCAGACCAACAGAGACUGAUCUUCGCAGGAAAGCAGCUUGAAGAUGGGCGCACUCUAUCUGACUACAACAUUCAGAAGGAAUCCACUCUUCACUUAGUUUUGCGAUUGAGAGGUGGUAUGCAGAUUUUCGUCAAGACCUUGACUGGCAAAACUAUCACCCUAGAAGUGGAGGCUUCUGACACAAUUGAAAAUGUUAAGGCCAAAAUACAAGACAAAGAAGGCAUUCCUCCAGACCAACAGAGACUGAUCUUCGCAGGAAAGCAGCUUGAAGAUGGGCGCACUCUAUCUGACUACAACAUUCAGAAGGAAUCCACUCUUCACUUAGUUUUGCGAUUGAGAGGUGGUAUGCAGAUUUUCGUCAAGACCUUGACUGGCAAAACAAUCACCCUAGAAGUGGAGGCUUCCGACACAAUUGAAAAUGUUAAGGCCAAAAUCCAAGACAAAGAAGGCAUUCCUCCAGACCAACAGAGACUGAUCUUCGCAGGAAAGCAGCUUGAAGAUGGGCGCACUCUAUCUGACUACAACAUUCAGAAGGAAUCCACUCUUCACUUAGUUUUGCGAUUGAGAGGUGGUAUGCAGAUUUUCGUCAAGACCUUGACUGGCAAAACUAUCACCCUAGAAGUGGAGGCUUCUGACACAAUUGAAAAUGUUAAGGCCAAAAUACAAGACAAAGAAGGCAUUCCUCCAGACCAACAGAGACUGAUCUUCGCAGGAAAGCAGCUUGAAGAUGGGCGCACUCUAUCCGACUACAACAUUCAGAAGGAAUCCACACUUCACUUAGUCCUGCGUUUGAGAGGUGGUAUGCAGAUUUUCGUGAAGACCUUGACUGGCAAAACUAUCACCCUAGAAGUGGAGGCUUCCGACACAAUUGAAAAUGUUAAGGCCAAAAUCCAAGACAAAGAAGGCAUUCCUCCAGACCAACAGAGACUGAUCUUCGCAGGAAAGCAGCUUGAAGAUGGGCGCACUCUAUCUGACUACAACAUUCAGAAGGAAUCCACUCUUCACUUAGUUUUGCGAUUGAGAGGUGGUAUGCAGAUUUUCGUGAAGACCUUGACUGGCAAAACUAUCACCCUAGAAGUGGAGGCUUCCGACACAAUUGAAAAUGUUAAGGCCAAAAUCCAAGACAAAGAAGGCAUUCCUCCAGACCAACAGAGACUGAUCUUUGCAGGAAAGCAGCUUGAAGAUGGGCGCACUCUAUCUGACUACAACAUUCAGAAGGAAUCCACACUUCACUUAGUCCUGCGUUUGAGAGGUGGUAUGCAGAUUUUCGUGAAGACCUUGACUGGCAAAACUAUCACCCUAGAAGUGGAGGCUUCCGACACAAUUGAAAAUGUUAAGGCCAAAAUCCAAGACAAAGAAGGCAUUCCUCCAGACCAACAGAGACUGAUCUUCGCAGGAAAGCAGCUUGAAGAUGGGCGCACUCUAUCUGACUACAACAUUCAGAAGGAAUCCACUCUUCACUUAGUUUUGCGAUUGAGAGGUGGUAUGCAGAUUUUCGUAAAGACCUUGACUGGCAAAACUAUCACCCUAGAAGUGGAGGCUUCCGACACAAUUGAAAAUGUUAAGGCCAAAAUCCAAGACAAAGAAGGCAUUCCUCCAGACCAACAGAGACUGAUCUUUGCAGGAAAGCAGCUUGAAGAUGGGCGCACUCUAUCUGACUACAACAUUCAGAAGGAAUCCACACUUCACUUAGUCCUGCGUUUGAGAGGUGGUAUGCAGAUUUUCGUGAAGACCUUGACUGGCAAAACUAUCACCCUAGAAGUGGAGGCUUCCGACACAAUUGAAAAUGUUAAGGCCAAAAUCCAAGACAAAGAAGGCAUUCCUCCAGACCAACAGAGACUGAUCUUCGCAGGAAAGCAGCUUGAAGAUGGGCGCACUCUAUCUGACUACAACAUUCAGAAGGAAUCCACUCUUCACUUAGUUUUGCGAUUGAGAGGUGGUAUGCAGAUUUUCGUCAAGACCUUGACUGGCAAAACUAUCACCCUAGAAGUGGAGGCUUCCGACACAAUUGAAAAUGUUAAGGCCAAAAUACAAGACAAAGAAGGCAUUCCUCCAGACCAACAGAGACUGAUCUUCGCAGGAAAGCAGCUUGAAGAUGGGCGCACUUUGUCCGACUAUAACAUUCAAAAGGAGUCAACUCUACAUCUGGUUUUAAGAUUAAGAGGCGGAGUGUAAAAUUAAUGUUUUAAACAUCAAUCGAAAAUUAAACAGCUGCUAUCAUAA